AUGUCAUUGUCUAAAGCUUCUGUUGGACUUCUUCCACGUUACGUUCUUUCAUUUGCUGCUAGAAGAGCUGGAUCAAAUGUCAUAGCACCCAAACCAAAGGAAGCUGCUAAGAAAUUAGUUAUGCCAGCUACAGAAAGUGGUUACUUCAAAUAUGAACGUGAUUAUUCAAGAGACAAACGUUAUUCAAAUCCACAAAAGCCAGGAGAUACUGCAAUGAGAUUUUUGGUACGUAAAUUAGGACAUGCUUAUGAAGUAUAUCCUUUAUUUUUCCUUACUGGUUGUUGGGUUGUUUUAUUCUUCUUUACAACCUACUAUUCUUUUGAAAAAAUAGAAGUGUGGUUUGAUAGAUCCACAAAAACAGCUCCAUGGUCUUGGGAACGUGUUCGUGACAACUACUGGAAAAAACCAACAUUACUCUUUGAUUCAACAGGUGUUACACAUCAACGCCUUGAAAUCAUGGAAGCACUUCAAGAUGAGAUGUAUGAAGCUGCAAAAAAACAGGGAAAACUUUAA